GCGGGUCACGUGACGCUGCGGCAGCUCUCAGUCUGGCUCGGUCGCUCGGUCGGUAGCCUCUCUCUCUCUCCGCUCCGUUGACAGCCAUGGCGGGGGCGAUCAUAGAGAACAUGAGCACCAAGAAGCUGUGCCUGGUCGGCGGCGUCCUCCUCAUCUUCCAAGUGCUGGCAUUCCUGGUGGGGGGGCUGAUCGCACCAAAGCCAACAACGUCACUGGCCUUCUUGGCAGCAAAAUGUAUAGAUGUCCGAAGGCCCCACCACGCUCCCAAGUGGUUGCUUCCAUGGGGGAACGAUCGCUGCAACAGCAUCCGGACCUUCGACGACGCAGCAAGUCGUCUCAUUGAAGCCAAUGACAUUGUAUUUUCUGUCCAUAUCCCUUUCCAAGGCCAUGAGAUGAGCCCCUGGUUCCAGUUUAUGCUGAUCAUCUUACAGUUGGACAUUGCCUUCAAGCUCAACAAUUAUAUUGUAGAGAGCGCAAUGGUGACUCUGGAUGUGGCCAUGGCUUACCGGGAUGAGCUGACAGACCCGUGGACUGAAAUGGCUCGGUCGGUGGAGCAGAGAAAACUUCAGUGUACUUUUCCAGCUCCAAAGACAGAAGAGAACGAAGGACGUUAUUAUGAGUGCGACGUCCUUCCCCUCAUCGAGCUGGGCAGCGUGACUCAUAAAUAUUACCUACUCAACAUCAGGCUUCCCGUCAACGAGCACAAGAAAAUAAAUGUGGGCAUUGGAGAGAUAAACGAGAUGCGUCUUGUGUCAAUUUUCCAGAAUGGAGGCUUUACCAGAGUGUGGUUUGCUAUGAAGACAUUCCUGACACCAAGCAUCCUAAUCAUUAUGAUCUGGUACUGGAGGAGGAUCGUUAUGAUGACCCGGCCGCCGGUGCUGCUGGAAAAGGUUAUCUUCGCUCUGGGCAUCUCCAUGACUUUUAUUAACAUGCCCGUUGAAUGGUUCUCUAUUGGGUUUAACUGGACGUGGAUGCUGCUUUUCGGAGAUAUCCGCCAAGGCAUCUUCUAUGUGAUGCUCCUUUCCUUUUGGAUCAUCUUCUGUGGGGAACACAUGAUGGACCAGUCUGAAAGAAAUCGUAUAUCUGUAUACUGGAAACAAGUUGGCCCCAUAGCAUUCGGCUCCUGCUGCCUUUUUAUAUUUGAUAUGUGUGAGAGAGGAGUGCAACUGAAGAAUCCAUUUUACAGUAUUUGGACCACAGAUGUCGGGGCCACUCUUGCUAUGGCUUUCAUCAUUGUUGCUGGAAUUUGUGCUUGCCUUUAUUUCUUGUUCCUGUGUUUCAUGGUCUACCAGGUUUUUCGUAACAUCGGCGGAAAGCAGAGCAGUUUGCCAGCGAUGAGUAAAGCUCGCCGCCUGCAUUACGAGGGUUUGAUUUUCAGAUUCAAAUUCCUGAUGAUCGUCACACUGGCCUGUGCAGCUUUAACCACCGUUUUCUUCAUCACAACCCAGGUAUCGGAAGGUAACUGGAAAUGGGGUGACUACUCCAUUGAGUUGAACAGCGCCUUCUUCACGGGCAUCUACGGCAUGUGGAACCUGUACGUGUUCGCCCUUAUGUUCCUGUACGCUCCGUCACACAAGAAUUACGGCGAUGACCAAAAGAAUGGCAGGGACGGCAUGAGCAGCGGGGAGGAGCUACAGUUAACGACAACAAUCACGCACGCCGACGGACCGACGGAACUGUACCGAUUGGCCGGAAAGGAGUCUCAGGAAUAAGUCCCGUAGCCCAAGGGUGGGCUUUGAUGUAGACAUUUUUAGUUUCAAUACAUCCCACUUGAACACUGACAAUAAAUAGCCUUCCUUACA